CCUGGGGAAUGGAGGGUCCAUAUGCUGCGUGGCCCCGGGGCGUGGAAUGGGCUCAGUGUUCCUCUCUGUAAUGUACUUUGUGUUCUCUCUCCCAGGGACCCCGGAUGGCGCCCCCAAUUCAUCGCUCACAGAGACGCAGAUGGUGCAAUGUCUGGGCUUUGUCAUCUACCGAGCGCUGGACUGGGGGCUGGAUGAGAGCGAGGAACGGGAGCUCAGCCCGCAACUGGAGCAGCUCAUUGACCUCAUGGCGGCCAGCGACUCGGAAGGCUCCAUGGCAGAUGAGGGCUAUGAGGGCACCGAGGAUGAGGAUGAAGAAGGACCUCCUCGGGUGGUGCGCAGCUUUUCGGCAGUCAUGCGUUUCUGCGCCUCCCACCUUCCAGAGCCCAAGGAGGCGCCGAUCCACUACCAGGCGGUUUUGCAGGGCUCUGUUCGCAGAAAACGAUGGAGCUUCAGCUUCAAGCCUUCCUUCAUAAAAUACGGGAGGCCAAAGAGAUGCUGAUGAAGAUGAGGGCGGAGGAAGCUGAGCCAGACGGACUGGUGAACCUCCAGAACACGGACUGGGCUCGUUUGUGGGUGCAGCUGAUGAGAGAUCUGCGACAUGGGGUGCAGCUGAAGAAGGUGCGGGACAAGACCUUCAACUCUCUGCCCACCGAAUACCAACUUACUCCCUUCGAGAUGCUGAUGCAAGACAUCCGGGCGCGCAACUACAAACUGCGCAAGGUCAUGGUAGGGGGAGACAUCCCUCCAAAGGUCAAGAAAGAUGCACAUGAGCUAAUCCUGGACUUCAUCAGGUCCCGUCCUCCUCUCAAGCCAGUGUCCAGUAGGAAUCUGCCGCCAUUACCUCUCCAACAGAGGAGUCUCCACGAAAAGAUUUUGGAGGAGAUUAAACAAGAGCCAAAGCUGCGCCCUGUGGAGACUCGGCAAAGAGGGCAGAAAGGUUUCGGGUCUCUCCCCUGUAUCAUGGAUGCGUGUUCCAGUGACCAGAAGUCAACGUCCUGCAUUAACCUCUCUGUUCCGGAUUCGGGAGCCCCCCGGCCACGCCCUCGUGUUCUGCUAAAAGCCCCGACAUUGGCUGAGAUGGAGGAGAUGAAUCUGUCUGAGGAGGACGAUUCCCCCAACUCUGAGCUGCGGAGGGUAAUCAGCGCCCCGCUGCCUCUUAAACGUGACCGAUCGUUCUCGGAGCAGGACCUGGCCCAGCUGCAGUGUGAGAUGGGACACAAACCUCCACGAAGAGCGCCUCCGGAACCGCAGGAAUCGGAAACACGAGCGCGAUCCGGCAGCAUGAACAUCCCACACGGAGCCAAUCGAAGUUGCUUGAGUUACUCGCGAUGUGGAAGCUGCGGGACUCCCUCACCCAACCGCAGUACACUCGGCUCUGUGCAGGAGAAGACCGAACCCGACUCGAGUGGAGACAACCGGCACCGCUGGCUGGAAUUCAGCCAUCCGGUGGACACGUUGGCGCUCACCGUGGAGGAGGUGAUAAACGUGCGGCGGGUGCUGGUGAAGGCCGAGAUGGAGAAGUUCCUGCAGAGCAAAGAGCUGUACAGCAACAUGAAGAAGGGGAAGGUUUGCUGCUGUUGCAGAUCGAAGUUCCCUCUCUUCUCCUGGCCGGCCAACUGUUUGUUCUGUAAGAGGUCUGCCUGUGGCUCGUGCAGCGUGAAGAUGAAGCUUCCCGCCAAAAAGUUGGGUCACAUUCCAGUCUACAGUGUGGGGUUUGAGAGCCAAUCAGGUGUACUUGGCACAGUCGGACACACCCACAAAAAGAGGGACACCUUCCAGUCAUGCGGUGGUCUGUCCUGGAAGAAUGUGGAGGGCCAGUUCCCCCACAUCUAUGCUCAGGGUUCCACUCUGAAGGACGUGUGCUUGGACUGCUCCAGUUUCAUCCGUGACGUGGUGUGCUCCAGCCGGAAGAGCGUGGACAUCCUGAACACCAGGCCCUACGUGGGGACCUCCCAGCCUCAGUAUCGGACAGUUAAGAAACUGUGA